CAGCGUGGCUUCUGAAAAAAAGGGCAUUCCCAUUACCCGCCGCGCGUCGUCCACAGUGAAGCACAUCUUCUUCAGCAGUCACCAUGGUUCGCGAAGUGGAAAGUCUGGAUGACUUCAACAACAUCUUGAAGGAAGCUGGAGACAAGCUGGUUGUGGUGGACUUCACAGCCACGUGGUGUGGCCCCUGUAAACAGAUUGGACCAGAAUUUGUGAAACUGUCAGAAAAACCUGAGAACAAGAACGUGAUCUUCCUGAAGGUGGACGUGGACGAAGCUGAGGAUGUGAGUUCACACUGCGGGAUUAACUGCAUGCCCACAUUCCACUUUUACAAGAAUGGACAGAAGGUGGAUGAAUUCUCUGGCGCUAACCUACAAACGCUGAUUGCGAAAGUGGAAUCAUUGAGAUCCUAACUUCCUACCGACCAUCAACACACACCACCCCUGUCAUUGUAUAAACCACGACACCGCUGUCCCCCCCGCCCCCACCCCCUCCCCUCUGUACAUGCUUAAGAAAUUCCAUCUCAUUUAAUGUACAAUAACAAAUCAGGUCUUCUUUUCCUCAUCGGGAGAUAAUUUAUUCCGCUCAUGUUGGUGACAUUAAGUCUGUCAAUUCAGUGUCUGUACUGACUGUCUGAACAACUGGCUGAAAUAUGAUUAAAACCCAAAUGACCACUUUUAACUCUGUUUUAUAUGAGAAACUGAUUUUUGCUCCUGACAAACCCCUGAACUUUUCUUUGUAUGUUAUGUUUUCACCAAGGUGGAUUUAAUAAAUGAAGAUGAGUUACAGAAA